AUAGGACUUGAAACUGAGAGUGUAAAGCAUGGCAGAUGAGCAAGAAAUCAUGUGCAAAUUGGAAAGCAUUAAAGAGAUCAGUGUUUUCCAGGAACCUGGAGAACAAGAAGGGAGGAUAUCAAGUGUGUUCCUUUAAGAAAUAAGACUCUGACCAAGAGAUUUAACCCUUGGAGUGAAUGCUUCGGGAACAAGACCCUGCAAAUGGAGAAGAUCAAGGCUCGUUUGAAGGCCGAGUUUGAGGCCCUUGAAUCAGAGGAGAGGCACCUGAAGGAAUACAAGCAGGAGAUGGACCUCUUGCUACAGGAGAAGAUGGCCCAUGUGGAGGAACUCCGACUGAUCCAUGCUGACAUCAAUGUGAUGGAAAACACGAUCAAACAGUCUGAGAAUGAUCUAAACAAGCUGCUAGAGUCUACCCGGCGGCUACAUGAUGAGUAUAAGCCGCUGAAGGAACAUGUGGAUGCCCUGCGCAUGACUCUGGGUCUGCAGAGGCUCCCUGACCUAUGUGAAGAGGAGGAGAAGCUCUCCUUGGAUUACUUUGAAAAGCAGAAAGCAGAGUGGCAGACAGAGCCUCAGGAGCCCCCCAUCCCUGAGUCCCUGGCCGCUGCAGCCGCUGCUGCCCAACAACUCCAAGUGGCUAGGAAGCAGGACACUCGGCAGACAGCCACCUUCAGGCAGCAACCCCCACCAAUGAAGGCCUGCUUGUCAUGUCAUCAGCAAAUUCACCGGAAUGCACCUAUAUGCCCUCUGUGCAAAGCCAAGAGUCGGUCCCGAAACCCCAAAAAGCCAAAACGGAAGCAGGAUGAAUGAAG